AUGUCCGACGCGGGCCACGAUCCAACCCUGUCCGACGACGAGGCCAAUGGCCAUGCCACUCCUGCUGACGAUGGCGAGGGAGGCACGCCGCUGAAUACCGUCGAGGAGAAUGGCCUUGACGACGACGACGAUGACCUUUUUGGCGACGGCGGCGCGGACGAUGACGCCGAGGGAGAUGCGCAAGCUGAACAGCGCAAGCUCGACGAUGCCGAACUCGACUCCGGCGACGACGAAGGACGCACUGAUCGCGUCAGGCAGGCAGAGGCUGUCGAGGAAGUCGAACAACAGACGUUCGCAUACAUGGAUGCAGACCUGGCGCGCCAUGCAGUCCCCGAGCCCACUGACAACGAACUCUACCUGCUCAAGAUCCCGCGCUUCCUUUCCUUCGAGGAUAAGGCCUUCGAUCACAGGACAUUCCAACCACCGACUACCGACCACCAUUCCAAGGUCGGCGCGUCUGAACACUUCUCCGCUUACCACACUGCCAUGACCACGAUCCGAUGGCGACACUCACCCUCGAAUAACGCUGUCUUGCAGUCGAAUGCUCGCAUCCUAAGGUGGUCUGACGGUUCUUUUACCCUCCAACUCGCCAGCGAUCCUACCGUGCAAUUCGAUAUCGAUGCCAACACGCUUGCGCCACCCCAGAUAAACCCCAAGAUUCCCACUCCCACAGCAGUCAGGGAAGACAAAACCGGCGCCAAGACGAACGCGAAGAAGGAGAGUUACACAUAUCUCGUGGCCCCUUACGAAGAGGCCAAUGUUAUGCGUGUGACCAACAAGCUCACUGCAUCUCUAAACGUUGUGCCCGCCGCAAACACAAAAGAUGCCGCAUUGGAGAAGCUGCAAAACGAUCUUGCAAAGGUGGCAUCCAAGGGUCGGGACGAUGCGGAUCAGGCCAUUUCUUUUAUCAACGUAGACGAAGACCCCGAGCUACGCCGACAACGUGAAGAAGCCACAUUCAAAGAGAAGCAGCGGCAACUGCGCGCCCGCGAGAAGCACGAAGCCCGCCAGGCCGAGCGCGCUAAUCGCACCAUGGGCCGCAGCAGUGGGCGAGCAUCAGGAGGUGGACUUGAUGUUGAUGGACUUGAAGACCGCGCUCCUAGGAAACAACAACAGAGAAAAGGUGGCGGCUUACGGCGUGACUGGAGCGACGAUGAAGAUUAUGGCGGCCCUCGGAGAAAUCGUGAGGACGACUAUGACGAGGAGGAUGACUUCAUCGCUGCUAGUGACGAGGAGCCAGAGAUUGUCGAGGACGAUGACGACCCAGAUGAAGGCAUUGCUCCAAGUCCGAAGAGAGCAAGGGGCGGGGCUGUUGCAGCAGAUGACGACGACGAUGAUGAUGAAGUUGUGGUUAGCCGGACAAAGCGGAGACGUGUGGUUGACGAUGACGAGGACGAGGAGUAG